AUGAGGUUCGCGGCUCUCCUCUUCCUGGCAGUGCUGACCGGGGCCCUGGUCUGUGCCCAGGCAGUUCUCCCAGGCCUGUCUCUGCAGCCACUACUGCCCCACCCUGAGCUGUCCACACAAGGGCCCCGGGCCCAUGAAGACCAAAAGGGUGCAUCUGCCCCAGGAUCCGCGAACCCAUCCCAUGAGGGAUCAGCAGCCUCAAACGAAAAUGCAGGAUCCUCUGGGUUAGCCCAAAGGGCACCGAAGCCAUCAAGGAAGCAGAGAUCCAGCCUUGUGGGAUCCAUCUUACAGGAAAGCAAAAACGGAAUAGCAAACGUUACCGAGGAACUUGGAGGCCUAGUGUCAGAUUUGACUAAAGAUCUAAAAGACGAAGGCCCAGUCCGCAUCUCCAGCCCCACGAGUGAGACCUGGAACUGUGACAGCCCCUGCCACUGA